AUGUCGGUCCCUUCUGCCUAUCAUGAUGUUACAGCGCAUUUGCAGCAAGUCCAGAGCGAUCCCUCCACUCCUCUGGACCAGGCCCUUCUUGAUAAGCUGAAGUUGGAGCUUAUAGAGACAACGGAUCGCAAAGUCCCCGCACAGCUUCUGACGCAGAUUUCACAGCUUCUCCCUAUUCUUCAAGAAGACCCUACACCCAUCACUACCCUCGGCAUCAAGUCCGCCGCUUACUUUACCUUCACUGACCUCCGUGCCGUUGAUCCUCCCAUCAAUUUCAUCGCCGGCUUCCAAGCACCAUCACCACCAAUUAAUCUACUUGCUUUGGCGUUGCUGAGUAAAGCAGGGCAUACUCCAAGCGAUGCUGCAAUAGUUGCUGGAGAUCCAGAGCUAGUCACCUCGCUGGUGGAGCUUUGGCUCUCGACUUCCUCAACUGCUGUUGCUCAAGCGGCGUUUGACGCCCUCUGGGCGCUUUUGGAGGUCGACCUAGCGAGCACAUUGGAAAAUGGGGAACAAUCUGAAGAUGCUUCCGGAGGACAAGGUCUUGUAUGGAGAAGGGUAUUUACCGACAAGGAUGUUUACGGGCGUCUAUUCGCCUUUUGCAGCCUUACGGAACCUGGACCUGGCGGGCUAUCGAAGCGUGAAAAGACAGUGGCCCAGGGCAGGCUAAUGGGGUUUCUCGUGAAAGCAGGCCAAUUACGAUGGGACUCUAUCUCAUGCUCUCAAAUUUCGGACAUCGAAACUAAGUACAGGAGCAAAAGUUUGUUGCAUUUUGCGGCCUGUGAAAUGGUCGACAAGAGCGAUGUCUUGAUGCACAUGACGCAGCUGAACUUUUUCCGCGAUCUCUUAGAAAUUGAAGCUCCCAACCUCACUUCUCGCACCUUUAUACAGUCAGCGUCGACAUUCUCCUCUCCCCCUCUCGAUUUCCUUAUUUCGCAUGAGAUCCACAACAACCUACUGGAAUACUACUUGGAUGAGUCGAAGCUGGAUCCUGUGGAUCUGAGCUUUCUCUGCGGUCCGAUCAUGGCCUAUGUUGCUCAGUAUGCUGAACUCUACCCUAACCACUUCUUACAAAACCCGCCAGCUUUACUGGACCGAAUUCUGUCGCGCAUCAACGCAUCGUUUCUAGUCUCUUCAUUGCAGUGGGCGCACGGCCCCACUCCAAGUGGCCAGCUCAAUGUUCUUUCAUCCUUACCACGAGUCCUUCUUGUGGAGGCCAAUAAGAAAAGCACAAAUCCCGUUUUAGCUCUUCCGACCAAUCCCCCCAACCAAGAGGUCUUCAAUGCCCUUGGAAAGAUAUUCCACGGGCCUUCCAGACCUGCCCUGUCGGAGUCCAUGGAACUCAACGCUUCUGGUCAGACAGAAACUGAUUGGCAUAAGGAAGCAGCGGCUGCGCGGGCCGUGUACUUUAUGUACCAGAAUCAUCAUCCGUCAAUGUGGGAAGACAUCGUCACCGCAGCUGAUGUUUUGGCCAUGAAGGAUAUCUCUCUCUCGGCCAUAUCGUUCAUGCACGCCGUAGUCACCGCUAACUGGCAGGCCUUGUCCGGGGACAUAAUCGGCACCGUACACGGCACCUCUCGUUACCAGUUGCCAUCUGAAGAGGAACUUGGUCGCUUAUCUCCGGCAACACAAGGAGUGCUCCCUUCAUCAGGGGCUUGGGUGGCCAUCUCUCCUCCAGCCCUAACAUCCCUGCUGCCUUUCUUAUUCAAGCCCCCACGCUCAUACUCGGAGUUUGUCGCUGGCGGCGCCGCCGACCCACAAAGUGCAGUCUGGAAAGUCGCAACUGCGAGGUAUGAUGUAUUGGUGUCGUUAUACAGGUCCCUUCGGAACCUAGAGGACCAAGGCUCGGGCUUUGAAGAUAUAUUACAGACAUUGAAGAAAAGGGUGGAUGAUGGACCUUUGGGUCCUGGGGUGCAAACUGUCACUCAAGUGGAGACUGUAGGCUUGUGA